AUGGACAAAUGGAAACCUUUCAAAAACGUUACAUUGGACCUCACAUGGAAGGAUAACAAUGUUACUCUUUUUUCCUUCGAAUUGGGUGGUGAAGCCAAAGCCAAGGCAGGGGAUGACGUCUCCGCAAAGCUCUUGUUGACCGUCAAGAAAGCCAUCCCCACCAAAAGUCUGGAGUUGUACUUUGUCGGCGAAGAGGCGACGCAGGUCGAUUACAUGCAAAAGCACAAAAGCAAGGGCAGUAUUAGUCACGAUUUUGAACCAACGAAAUGA